CGAGAAUUGGGCUCUGUUGAUUCUUAGAACUGGGGUUCUUAGAAGUGGUGAUGCAAGGAGUUUCUAGGAAAGCCCGGAGACCAGGUUUGAAAGAAACUUUUGGACUGUGAAUUGAGGCAUUGGACUCAAGAUGGCCUCGCCGGCAGACAGCUGCAUCCAGUUCACGCGCCACGCCAGCGACGUCCUCCUUAACCUCAACCGCCUUAGAAGCCGGGACAUCUUGACCGAUGUUGUCAUCAUCGUGAACCGGGAGCAGUUCAGAGCCCACAAAACAGUCCUGAUGGCCUGCAGUGGCCUCUUCUACAGCAUCUUCACUGACCAGCUCAAGUGCAACUUGAAUGUUAUCAACCUAGAUCCUGAAAUUAACCCUGAGGGGUUUUGCAUCCUCUUGGACUUCAUGUACACCUCCCGCCUGAACUUGAGGGAGAACAAUAUCAUGGCUGUGAUGGCCACAGCACUCUACCUGCAGAUGGAGCACGUGGUUGACACCUGCCGAAGGUUUGUCAAGUCUAGCGAAGCAGAGAUGGUAUCUGCUGUGAAGACCCCAAGGGAAGAGUUUCUGGCUGGACGGAUGCUGGGCCACCCAGAGGUGAUGGCUUAUCGGAGCAGAGAUGUCUCAGAGAACGGAAUGCCUCUUCAAAAUGGGUCCCUCUGCAACGGGAGGGCCUUUGCACCCGGCUUGAUCAACAGUUUGUCUGGAUCCCCCAUUUCCUACCAUGGAUACAGCCCGCUCCCUCUAAAUAGCUUCCUGGUGGAUGAUGAGUUGCGGGAGAUGAGGAUGCCUCUCUCUGAACUCUCAAGGGCAGGUGCCUUCCCCAAGGAGAGGAUCCUGCCGUGCGACAGCUCCAGGACAAUCCCCACUGAGUACGUGAGAACCAUCACCGACAUCUCUGCCAACAUGUGCCACGCUACCAUCUAUGCUCCAAAAGAAGGUGCUGCUGAAGAAGCCAGGAGUGACAUGCACUACAGCGUGGCUUCUGGGCCCAAACCUGUCAUCCCUUCAGUCCGGAACAAUCCCUACUUCCCCUGCGACAAAGUGGCCAAAGAGGAGGAGCGGACCUCUUCAGAGGACGAGAUCAGCCAGCACUUUGAGCCCACCAACACACCCCUGGACCGCAAGGGACUCAUCAGCCCUCAGAGCCCGCAGAAGUCAGACUGCCAGCCCAACUCACCAACUGAAUCCAGCAGCAGCAAGAAUGCCCGUAUCGGCCAGAACUCCAGCUCCCUCUUCACCAAGAGCCCCACAGACCCCAAAGCCUGCAACUGGAAGAAGUACAAGUUCAUUGUCCUCAACUCUCUCAACCAGAACACCAAGCAAGACAGCGCUGACCAGAACGAGAUGGGAACCCUCUCUCCUCGCACCUAUGUGCCCAUGUCCACUUGCCAGCAGUCCAUGGAGCCAGAGCAUCUCAAUGUGCAAUCCCCCACCAAGAUAAGCGUGAAUGGUGAAGACUCUACGAUCCCACAAGCGAGUAGACUCAACAAUAUUGUUAACAGGUCCCGGGAUGGGUCCCCUCGGAGCAGCGAAGGGCAGUCCCCACUGUACAUGCAUUCAUCAAAGUGCAGCUCCUGUGGCUGCCAGUCCCCACAACAUACUGAGAUGUGCCUUCAUACCCCUGGCUCAAACUUUGGAGAAGAGAUGGGGGAAACCCAGUCUGAAUACUCCGACUCCAGCUGCGAGAACGGAGCCUUCUUCUGCAACGAGUGCGACUGCCGGUUCUCCGAGGAGGCGUCUCUCAAGAGACAUUCUCUGCAGGUGCACAGUGACAAGCCCUACAAGUGUGACCGCUGCCAGGCCUCCUUUCGCUACAAGGGGAAUCUCGCCAGCCACAAAACCGUCCACACAGGAGAGAAGCCGUACCGCUGCAACAUCUGCGGGGCACAGUUCAACCGACCAGCCAACCUGAAAACCCACACACGCAUCCACUCUGGGGAGAAACCCUACAAGUGUGAGACCUGUGGCGCCAGAUUUGUCCAGGUGGCCCACCUCCGUGCUCACGUGCUCAUUCACACCGGGGAGAAGCCGUACCCCUGUGAGAUCUGCGGCACACGCUUCCGGCACCUGCAGACCCUCAAAAGUCACCUUCGAAUCCACACAGGAGAGAAACCCUAUCAUUGUGAGAAGUGCAACCUGCAUUUCCGCCACAAAAGCCAGCUGCGGCUGCACCUGCGGCAGAAGCAUGGGGCCAUCACCAACACCAAGGUGCAGUACCGCAUCUCGGCCAGUGAGGUGCCCCCGGAGCUCCCCAAGGCCUGCUGAAGGCACGGAUGGCCCAGGAGGAGCUCGUCUGGCGGGGCAUGGCGGGGAGAAGCUGUCCAAAGGAUACUUGCAACACUUUAAAACAAAAAAAAAAGAGAGAGAAAAAAAUAUUCAUCACAUGAUGGAGUGCCUCUAAACCCAUAGUACAGAUAGGUGGAAAAACAUUAGAAAUUAAAAAAAAAAAUUACAAAUACACGGGUUUUAUUUUUCCCAGUUAUGUGAAACAAAAAGAAAAAAUAAAAUUAUUCAGAUCUUACUGUAUAUAAAACAUAAAAAAAUUUAAAAUAGUCAUUUUAAAUGUCUGUGCAGUGGAGUGUUGAUAAACUCUGGAGUCU